CGCGCAAGGCGCACACAGGUGGGAGCGACGUGACGGGGGUCCACACCCUGGAGAUUCUCCUGGCCAUCCGCAUCAUGCCCAGCACGGCGGCGUCCGGGGCGCAGGCCACGGCGACCCACCGGAGCGUCUGCCGGGACGCGUAGGAGGCGACCAUGAGGUGGCAGGAGGGCGUGAGGCAGCACCGCGCCCAGAGGUGCCUGCUGUCUGUCUACGUCUCGGUGUUGGUCUGCGUGGCCCUGCUGGUGGCGAUGUCGAUCACCGCCGUGUGGGUGCCCUCGGCCGUGUUGGCCAAUGACGAGCUGGCGCAGGCGAGCGAGGGGCAGCUGCUGUCGUCGGUGGAGCAGGUAUCGAAGGAGCUGCUCGGCUACUUCCAGGUCGCUUCGUCGCAGGCUGAGGUGAUCGGAAACAUGUACAACAUGUCGUUCGCAGCGGCUCCGGCUGCAGCCCCAAGGUUUUUCAUAGACACCUUCGGGGCGGGGGCGUGGUCGUUGCUCAAUCAGGCGCCGAGCCUUCAGUCUGUGCUGCUGGCACAGGCGCGCGACGAUUUGCUGCUGAACUCGACCAGCCAGGCCUGCAACACAGACGUCGCUCUUCUAUCUGCCACCUACAAGGCCAACCUGAACUACGAGACGACUGGUACUGGAUGGACCGGCAACGAGUCGCUCCUGAAGCUCGAAGCCUCUGACGAAGCGCCGGCGGGCCAAGCAAGGAUGAAUCUCAUCUGGGGCGAUGACAACCUCGCAGAUCCUUUGAAGUUCAAUGGCACGCUGUUCUUCAAGAACUGCGACGCGUGGCUCGGCGGUGGCGAGAGCCUCUGGAGUAUGCAGAACCUGCCUGGCGACUGGUCACGAAAGGACUCUGGGAUCAGGGAGGCGGUGUGGCUCCCAGGCACGGUGAUCGCAGGCUCGGGCACCAGCCAGGCUCUAUACAAGAAGGUCGACCUUCAAUUCUUCCCGCUGAUGGGCCCCUCGUGGGCGCCAGAGAGCGCUUUCGGCGCCAUCUCCGUCCGGGUCGGCGCCAGCGCCAUCGUUGACGACGCCGAUUCCACGGUCAGCGUCCAGGAUAUCCUGCAGCAGGUGGCCGAGCAGACCGAGAUGGACACCCUCCUGUUCAUCCUCACCGCGGAGGGCGAGCUGCUCGCGACCUCCUCGGGGGACCAGCCAGUGGAGGUGAGGGGCACGGACGGCUUGCUCGUUGGGCUGAUGCCGGGGGACUUCAGGGGCAGCGCCCACGAAGGUGGCGAGGCAGCUCAUCGCGAGCCACUGCAGCGGCGACGCCGACGCCGGCCGGCAGUGCGACUGGUCCGGCGUGGCCUCGAUGCAGGAGAUAUCUGGGUACUACGUGUCCGCCAAGUCGAUGUUCGACCCGAAGGCCGUGAACCUCAACAUGGUGCUGGUCAAUAUGGCGAGUGUGGAUGUCGUGAGGGAGGCGUCCCAGGAGAGCUGAACUUGCAGCUCGGCAUCACGAGCGCCAUCAUCCUUGCCUUCGCUUGCGUGCUUGCUCUGGUUUUGUCGCGAGUUGUCUCCACGCCCUUCCGGGCCGCCCGCGACAGCAUGUUUUUGCUCGGGGACAUGAGGGUGGAGGACGCGCUGCAGCGAAACUCGGAGACCAAGAGGACGUGCAGGUGGUCUUUCACCGAAGUUUCCGACCUGCGCCUGAGCUUCUUUCAUGCAGCGACGUGCCUGCAGGCCUGGCGUGAGCACGAGAUGGAUAGGAGAGUGCAGCUCGAGGAAGAGCGUACCAGCCGGAUUCACAAGACCGUUGAGAAGGCGGUCCGUGGUGCGGGGAAGCUUGUUCACCCGAUGGUCUUGAUUAGCGCCGAUGCGUUCUCCAAGCUGGAGCAGCUGACCAGCUACGAGGAGCUGCGGAAUACGAGGAAGCUGGUGUUCUUAGACACGGAGGAAGCCCUCGCAAUGUUCAAGGCAGACAACUCCAUCAUCUUCUUGUCUCACCAGUGGCUCGCUUGGGGGUUCCCGGACAACGCCACGAAGACGCACCUCAACGCAAUGAAGCGCGCGAUCAAGACCGCGUCGGCGCGCGUGGGCGCCAAAGGCGCGGGCAGCAGGUGCGCUUGGGAAAACACGUACGUCUGGGUUGACUACUGCUCCAUCGACCAUCGGGGCAUGCAGAUGCUGGCUGUCUCGUCUUUGCCCGUGUACUCGGCCAGUGCUGACAUCUUCGUCAUCAUCGCGCCGCCAGCAGAGCACCAGUCCAGCCGCCGCUGCGACCUGCAGUCCUACAACGCGCGCGGCUGGUGCCGCGCGGAGAUGCUGGCGAAGAUUUGCAGCAGUGGGCUCGAGAAUUUCUUCAUCUUUGCGUCCGGCGAGGGGGACUUGGAACCAGUGACAGAGGACACGUUACCCUCGCUGUCCAUGUUUGUGUUCGAGGGAGAUCGUGGGCGGGAAACAUAUCCAUAUCCACGGCCUCGCGGUCCAGAUUCCUCGACCGCGGCCCUGCGGACGCAGGGCUGCUUUGCGCUGAUGCCGCGUGCGGAAGGUACCCAUGAGAUCGCGUAUUUGUGGGAUCGCGUCUCGUUGGUCAGACCGCGAGGGCAUUGAUGUAGACAUGUCCCUCGCUUGUGAGGAGAGUUUUCGUGCUGCCAGCAGAGGCACAUCAAGUCCUCUUGUGAUAAGGAGGCCCUCGUGGAACCGGUGCUUGGGCUCUACUCGCUCGUGCUCCGCCAGAUCCGCGCCAACGUGAAUUGCAAGAACAUGGAGCCGAUCAUGAAGCACAUCCGCGACAACAAGGAUCGGAGGUUCUUCCCCACCCUGUACUCCUUCCAGGCCGAAGGCGUCGGCGCCGAGGAGCGGGAGCUCUUCGGGCCGCUGGUGGGCGCGACCGAGGCGUACGUGGAGGAGCUGAGCCUGCCAGAGUGCACCGUGUCCUUCCACUCGUGGCAGAGGCCCGGCGGCGAGCCCAGGUUGUCUCGACCGUGUUUGUUCGGACGCUUUUUGAAGUUCGAGUCUCCGAGGUUUUCGGACGCUUUCGUCCGCCAUGCAGGGAAUACUUGUCCAUAUCCGAUGCAGCCUGGAGAUUCGGGCUCCCUUCACUAGAAGCCCGAGGUGCACCGGAUACGGAUGAGGCUGCCCCCCAGAGGCUCGAUGUUCAGCCAUGCCCAGUGCGCCUCGGCCUUGUGGCGCCCCUUCGAAGAGAGUCCAAGACUUUGGAAUCCCAGACGCACUGGGUACGGAUACAGUUCCUGCCCGCACGUUCGCGGAGGUUUUCCAACCUCGGGGUGCUCUCCAGCGGGUGCGCCUCGCCGAGGGCGGUCCACGGGUGCCCGGAUCGUCCCGCACGACCGCCGGAGGGGCCGAGCCGCGACCCCCAAGACCAGACUCAGCGGAGCGCCUAGGGGGGAAGGCAGAGGGGGCGGGCCUGCUCAGAAGCUUGUCAUCGCUCGGACGUGUGCAUUUUUCCUUCGGCGAGGACCAUCGAG